UGUGCCUUCCGAUGUCAUUGUGGACACGCGUGCCUCGUUGCCCCACUCACCACCGGCGCGUACUUUGCCACCCCACGCGAACGCUUGUAUCACACAUCACUCAUCGUCCCGGCACUCCUCCCCGCGAAGAACUCACAGCAGCAGCAACGGCCCACUGCCUAAUGGCUCCUUCGUCUCGUCAAACUCUCGCCGGCGCAAGCCUCGUGGCUCUUGGCGCCGGCGCUCUGCUCUGCGCCCGCGCUUACGGCAGUGGCAGCACCACCGCCGGCAGAAGGUCUAGGGGCUCGUCGUCGGCAGCAGGCGCGGAAGGUAGCGUGUCAUCCUCUCCUGGAAGAAAGACAGCAGAAGUGAAGGAAACGUCGGAGAAGACGCAGCCGGCAGGCGACGGGCCAACUGCUCCCAAACAGCCCUGCGGGGGGUGUGACUGCGGCUUGAUGGAGCCAGGACCGAUCGAGGGCACGAUGCACGCGUACGAGAGGCACAUCAUCAUCUGCAGUGGACACCAGAAUUGGCCGAAGGUGGUCGAGGCCGAAGAGUCGUCGUUGGCCGAGUCGCUCUUCAACAUGUGCCUAGGCGCAGGCCUGAUCUUCACCAAGAAGGUCGCCUUGGCGGCGAAGAAGGCGGGGGCGCCGAAGACCCGCCAGGUCAAGAUCUCGGCUUGCUCGGAGCCGUCGCGCGGCCGUGAGGGCACCACUGACGUCAUCGUUUACCCGGAGGGGCUAAUCUAUUCCCUCUCCCGAGACGACACGAGCUCCUUAGAGGAGUUCCUCAACGUCCAGCUCAUCAACGGGGAAGUGGCGACGCAGCUCAAGCCCGUCCCCGUGUCGUAUGAGAAGAUGGUGCUGGUGUGCACCCACAUGUCUCGGGACAAGCGGUGCGGGCGCGCAGGCCCCCAGGUGAUCGGUGAGAUGGAGAAAGCGCUACAAGCAAGGGGGAUCGGCCCCGACGAGAUCGCCGUGCGAGGAAGCUCCCACUUCGGAGGGCACAAGUACGCGGGAGUGCUGAUCAUCUACCCCCAGGGAGACUGGUUCGGGUUGGUAUCCAAGAAAAACGCCCCGACAAUUGUCGACAAGUGCGUCCUAGGCACCGAGGGCAUGAAGGCCAACUGGAGGGGAAACAUGGCCAACCCGGGCACGAAGAAGGAACCGGCCACCAAGCCGGAGCCGGCCACCGCCGCCGCCGCCGCUGCCGGACCCACGCCCGCGCAAGAACCGAAGUCGUCGGAGUCGGCGGCCAUUAACGGGGGCGGGCCGACGGCGAAACCCCGGCGCGAAAGCAUUGAUGGCGCGUAAUAUCACGCCUGUGUUUGGUCACGGAAAGUUGUUUUCGGUGGUUGAAAUCGGGUCUAAAUGCUUACCGGGAAAAAAAUAUUUGGAAAUACACGGCCCCAGCGUGCGCUCUUGUGCCCCCCUCUUUCCGUUCUUGUACUGCGUUUUCAGGAUACGUUUAUUAGAGGAGGGGUCGGUGUACACUGUUUUGAUGGCUCGAGGUUUCGCCUCGCGAAGCAGUCAACAAGUUGGUGUGAGGCUUAGCGUUAGGACUUGGUUCGUUUUUUUCUGCUGGGGCGCAUGAGCGCGAUUGUUGUAGCUCGUGUGCUGUGGGUGUUGUGUGUGCAUGGGUCACUCAUGGGCGGCACCGUAGGAGGGUUGGGUGGACCUGUGACGAUACCGCUUGAGGUACUCUCGCUCAAGGACCACUGCUGUGAGGCUAGAAAUGUUUAUUCUGGUGUGUUGGCUGAGUGUGCGGCAGCGUGGAGACGCGUACGUGUGGGUGAUUUCCGCUGUUCCUGCCUGGCGGAUUUUGUAGAAAAUUCGAUGCAGGGGGCCACGGAUGGAGCAAAUAGACCCUGAACGGGCUGUUGCGUUUGAUAGGUUGACGUCUUUUGGGGUGAACCUUCACGGGUAAGUGUCGUAAUUGCCUCGACUGUGAUUGGUUUGUGUGCAUGUUGGCCUACAUCGUUCUGUUUUCUUUUUAGUGUUGUAGACUGUCACGCGUUAGUGUAACUCGAUUUUGUAAUGUCUUUCGCCCACUUUGGAUCCUUUUUAAUCGCGAACAAGGGCCGUUGAUCGCAAAACUGUUGCGAAAGUAUCGAACGCGCACGUUUCAUGUAACGGUUCAACGGACCCUUUUUUCAUGUAAUUGUUGCUUGUGUCAGUGAAGUUGUUUUUGUCCGUGUUAGCGUUUCGACACUCGGCUGUUGAGGGCGACGGAGUGUGUAAGGGUAGACACUGCACGGGUGGCGACUUUCGGGCUUGAGUCCUUGGAGUCGGUCUAGUAGUGCAGUACUUUGCCGGCGGGGUUGGCGUUGCCUGCACGUGUGGGAAAUCUACUAGCUGUCCUGUUGCUCGAAAGAUUUGGUGGGGGAUCGGCGUAGCAACCGAUGUAGGGUUAUUUGUUCUUUACUCACGAAGGGUCGGGGCGUCCAUGAUGCUUCAUCGUUUAGAGCCGUUGUUGUUCGUAACGUCGUGUGGUUUGCUAUUGUGAAGUGUUGUGGCUCUGGCUCUGCUCCAGUGUGUUUUUGGUGUGCUUGUCCGGUGUGUCUAGCGAACAAAUGAUGUCAAACUGAGAUAAUGGCAGCCGAUGAUCGUUCGUCUUUGUUAUCAUCCAGCCAUCGUCGAGGUCGAUGUGCACGCACGCAUGUGUUUAACCCAGGGGCCACCGGCGUAGGCAUGUUGUCUUUUUCGGGCUUAAGCUUGCCUCUGUCGCGUGGUGUUCGGUGCGGUUGGGGCACGUGGUGUGGCAAACACUGGAACUCUUGCGGCCGAGAGGAGCCGGGAACAUCCAACAGGUUGCCAUGUAAAAAUACGGGUUCUGCGUUCUAUAAACAGUUUACAAUCGCGACAAAGUC